AUGGCGAUCACCAAAGCGCAUCCUAAUCUCGAAGUCGAGGUUUUCGUCAAGGGCGCUCAGCUUGAAGAGUAUGUCGACGACGAUGAUCAAACUUCGGAUGACGAGGUCACCAAGUACAUCGAGGCCUCGUCUGGUGACAACUUUGAGGUCAAAUACUGCUUCUCUCCUGGAUUCAGUAUUCGCCACAGUAUUCUCUCGGAACUGAACGUCGACGGUGAAUAUGCGGUUGGUAGUGUCUUCAACCCUGGCAGUUCAGUUCGCUGGAAUAAUGCGUAUACCUUCAAGGGAUCGCGCGCAUUCGAAGAUGGCGAAUACUAUCUAAGGAAGUUCUGCUUCUCGCAGCUCGAAAUUAAUGACGACGGUGAUCCACGCACAUUUAAGGACUCACUGAAGAAGAAGCUCCAUAGGGUGGGUGAUAUAUCUGUGCGCUUCUAUUGGGUGACAGCUGGCGCAACAUACAAAACCCCGGUCACGGUACGGAAGGACAAGAAUCUGGGUGUUGUGCCAGAGAAAGCCCUCAAAGGCAGUGCGCUAUCCCAUCAGGCUAGCUACGGCGCGCGAGAAGUCAUGCAGGCGUACAGCACGAUUGAAACCACGAAGAUCGACGAAACGCCGUUUGCAGAGUUCACUUUCAAGUAUCGCUCGAGAGCUGCUCUCAAAUCCCUCCUCGUCAUCCCACGAACUCCUAGCCCGGUACCGCUCGAAGAACGCGACAUCAACACCCUUACCUUGGAAGAAUCUCGUGAGCUCCUUCGUCUCCAGCGUGAGCAGAGAGACGCCGCUCCAGUCAUCAAGCGAGAGGGUAUCAAGCGGGAACGAAGCAGCACCAUCGUCAACGAGGAUAAUGACGAUGACGAAGUGACUUUCUUAUCCGCCAAGCGCAGACGACUCCCCGUUACUCUCGAUGAGAAUGGUGCCGAGAUUAUCGAUCUGACAUAG